UGGGCUGCCCCAGCCAGGGAGCAGAGGAUUUCAGAGAGAGAGACAGACGGUCAGAAGGAGCAAGUGACCGAGGGAGACAGGCACCUGGAGAGUGGGGUCAAGUUUAGCAGGACUUCCUGAUCCAUACCUGUUAGAGGUGGCUCCUGCCAGGAAUCCCUUCUCCAGCUGUGGCUCGAGAGCCCCUAAGUUCUCACUCCCUCUCUCCUGCUAAGUUCCAGUCUUGAAAUUGAAAUAGGGGCUGGAACUCAGUGCAUCUCAGCAAUCAUGGGACCCAGGAUAGGGCCCGUGAAUGAGGAGCCCCAGAUGCCAGAGAAGGACCCCAAAGCCAUAAUGGGCACAGAAGACACACCCAGAGGCAAAACCUGUCCGAAUGCUCAGGAUUCACAGCCAAGCGUGUUCCACAGCAUUAAGUUCUUCGUCCUGUGCCACAGCCUGCUGCAGCUGACGCAGCUCAUGAUCUCCGGCUACCUCAAGAGCUCCAUCUCCACAGUGGAGAAACGCUUCGGCCUCUCCAGCCAGACCUCGGGACUGCUAGCGGCCUUCAAUGAGGUGGGAAACACAGCCCUGAUUGUGUUUGUGAGCUAUUUUGGCAGCCGGGUACACCGACCCCGACUGAUCGGCGGUGGGGCUGUCCUUGUGGCCCUGGCAGGCCUGCUCAUGGCUCUCCCACACUUCCUCUCAGAGCCUUACCGCUACGACCACACCAGCCCUGCAGACAUGCCACAGGAUUUCAAGGCAUCCCUGUGCCUACCCACAACCUCGGCCCUGUCCCUAAACCCAGCUCCCUCCAACGGCAGCUGCUCCAGCUACGAGGAGGCCCGGCAUCUGUCCCUGGUGGGAAUAAUGUUUGCUGCACAGACCCUGCUGGGUGUGGGUUGCGUGCCCAUUCAGCCCUUCGGCAUCUCCUACAUCGAUGACUUUGCCCACGACAGCAAUUCACCCCUCUACCUUGGGAUCCUGUUUGCCAUGACCUUGAUGGGGCCAGGCCUGGCCUAUGGGCUGGGCAGCUUCAUGCUGCGCCUUUAUGUGGACAUUGACCGAAUGCCAGAAGGUGGUAUCAGUCUGACCUCGAAGGACCCCCGAUGGGUGGGUGCCUGGUGGCUGGGCUUCCUCAUCUCUGCCGGUGCAGUGGCCCUGGCCGCCACCCCUUACUUCUUCUUCCCCAGGGAGAUGCCCAAAGAGAAGCACGAGUUUCACUUCCGGCGAAGGGUCUCGGUAGUUGGAGCCUCACCUGUCAGCAAAGGUGAAGACUCCCCCUCUGAGCAGAGCCCUGGGGAGACCCCAGGGAAGCAGGAUGGAUUAGCCCAGAUUGCACCAGACCUGACUGUCAUCCAGUUCAUCAAAGUCUUUCCCAGGGUGAUGCUGCGGACCCUGCAACACCCCAUCUUCCUGCUGGUGGUCCUGUCCCAGGUGUGCAUGUCGUCCAUGGUGGCAGGCAUAGCCACCUUCCUGCCCAAGUUCCUGGAGCACCAGUUUUCCGUCACAGCAUCCUAUGCCAACCUGCUCAUAGGCUGCCUGUCCAUCCCGGUGGCCAUCGUGGGCAUCCUGCUGGGGGGCAUCUUGGUCAAGCGCCUCCACCUGGGCCCCAUUCACUGUGGCACCCUCUGCCUGCUGGUGUCGCUGUUCUGCCUAAUUUUCAGCCUGCCCCUCUUCUUCCUGGGCUGCCCUACCCACCAGAUUGCAGGCAUCAUCCACCAACCUGGCUCACAGGCUGAGCUGGAGAUUUUUCCAGACUGCAUGGAGCCCUGUUCCUGCCCAUCUGAUGGCUUUAACCCCGUGUGUGACCCCAGAAGGAGUGUGGAGUACCUCACACCCUGCCACGCAGGCUGCACAAGCUGGGUUGCCCAGGAGGCUCUGGACAAAAGCCAGGUUUUCUACACCAACUGCAGCUGUGCAGCGGGGGGCAGCCCUGUGCCAGCAGGCUCCUGUGACUCAGCCUGCAGCCACCUGGUGCUGCCCUUCAUGCUCCUGGUUAGCCUGAGUAUGGCGGUGGGCAGCAUCAUACAGACGCCCUCCUUUAUGCUCAUCCUAAGGGGAGUGAAGAAAGAAGACAAGUCUUUGGCUGUGGGGAUCCAGUUCAUGCUCCUGAGAGUUUUGGCCUGGAUUCCCAGCCCUGUGAUCCACGGCAGUGCCAUUGACACCACCUGUCUGCACUGGGCCCAGAGCUGUGGACGCCGGGCUGUCUGCCGCUACUAUGACCAUGACCUGCUCCGAUACCGGUUUAUCGGACUCCAAUUCUUCUUCAAGACUGGCUCCCUGGUCUGCUUUGCCUUGAUUUUGGCCAUCCUAAAGCAGCAAGACAAAGAGGAGGCCACCAAGGCGACCAUGCCCACCCCUGCCCUACAGCAGCCGCUGUUGGUGUCAGGGACAGAGAAGAAGCCUGAGGAAUCCAGAGUGUGAGCCGUCCCAAAGCCGCACCCUGGCCAAGAGUAGCAGCUACCAUCAGUUCCUCCUAUAGGCCUUUUGCCUGAGAGUGACUGUCAGGAGCCCUGUUUUUCAAUCCUGACUCUUCCACUAACUUGCUGUGUGACUUCAGGCAAGUCACAGACCCUCUCUGGGCUUUUGCUUACUCAUCUGAACCAAGGAGUUACUUGGGGGUUUUCUUUGUUGGCCACCUUUGGCACAAGGUUUCCCCCUUCCUCCCCAAGCCAGCCAGGCUGACCUGAAACCAGGCUUUCCUGGGUGCAGGGACCAGGUAUCUUUCCCCCAGGCCCUAGGAUAGAGAGGUGGAUAAUAGCAGGCCAGACUGCCCUACACACACCAAGUCCUUGCCCUGCUCUGCAACUCACCUGCAGCACCCUCUCUGAGCCUUAGCCACCAUCUCUGUCAGGUGGGAACAGACUUGCCAGCUUCUGGGCCUCUUCCGGCUGUGACCAUCUGUGUGGUCAGGAUGGACUCAGGUCUCCUCCCCAGGCCCCCUCAGCCUGGAGGGGGGCCAGGACACUCUGUCAAGUGGUGUCCAUUUGGCGCCCCCUGGAGGCAGAGCCCUUAGCUCUGAGGAGAGACCCGCGGGGAGACAGCUGGCCUCUAGCUCAGGACAUCCAAGCCCGGCAGGGCCUUCAGAACUGGUGUGAGGGCCCCAGGGGCAGGUAGCUGAGGGGGAGCCUCUGGAUUCAGGAAGUCCCGUCCAUUGCCUUCAGGCAUCCACAGUCUAAGUGCAGCCUAGUCUCUGCCUUAGAGGCUCUGGUGGGGAGACCAGGCCCCACACUGGGGCAUUUUCUAACUUCAAACACCAAACAAACAGCACACACUCACCGGUACCUACGCACUGCCAAGGUGUCACACAUUUGACCAGGGUUCUCAGAAGUCACUGUGACUUAUGUAACUAGCAUUCUAAUUUCACCAGUUCCUCCUGGGUGCCUGAACCUGUGUCACCCAGGACUCUGUGGAUAAUAUCUGGUUCUGUGACACCCAAGUUUUGGGGGUAAUAUCUGGUUCUCUUUGAUGCCUCAGCUGGUUCUUUCUAACACUCAGGCCCAUAAUGCUGGGAACAGCAAAUGCCCAGCUCUGUGGAAUGAGUGGGUCCAUGGAAUGCUUGAGUCUGAACAAGCUGGUCCUUGUCUUUGUCAGGCCUUGUCUUAUUUUAGGGCCAGUCUGGCCUGGUUAUCUCCCUGGCACAGGGAGAGAGUUUCCUGAUCUGCUCCCAGCCCAUUCUAUUGCCACCAGAUAACCUGACCUGGCUGGGACUUGCUGCUUGGACGGCAGGAGACAGGGAGCCAUCAGCAGUGAUCUCUCAAGCCCCUGCGUCCAACCUUGUGCUGGGGGCCAGGGAGAAGCUGAGGGUACGCAUGGUUCUGGCUUCUAAACAGCUCUCAGGGCAGGGCUUUGAGGCCAUCCCACGUGAAAGGAGAGGGAGGGACGGAAGUUGUAAUUUCUAUUUUUAUGCCACUCAUUGAUGACUUUAAAAGUUUAACAAAUAUCUGAGCCUGUAUUUAUCAAUGCCAAGUAUUUCAAAGUCUCCUCCAACAAGAUGAAGCUGUUCAUAUAUUCAUAUUCCUUCUUCCUUCCUGUUUCCCAGGUUUUGCAGAAUAAUCUGGAAUGACAGAUACAGUUUAUUAUUAAA